AUGGCGACCGCAGCGUCUAACCACUACAACAUCCUCACCUCCAGCGCAUCCAUCGUGCACUCGGAGCCCGGCAGCAUGCAGCAAGCCACAGCGUACCGGGACGCGCAAAGCCUGUUGCAGGGCGACUACCCGCUGCAGAGCAACAGCCACACGCUCAGCCACGCACACCAGUGGAUCACGGCGCUGUCCCACGGAGAAGGAGCCCCGUGGUCCUCCAGCCCGCUCGGCGCGGAGCAGGACAUCAAACCCGCGGUGCAGGGCGCCAGGGACGAGAUGCACAACUCCAGCAGCAACCUUCAGCACCAGUCGCGGCCCCACCUGGUGCACCAGACGCACGGGAACCACCACGACGGCCGGGCGUGGAGAACCACCACCGCGGCGCACAUACCGAGCAUGGCCACUACGAACGGCCAAAGCCUUAUCUACUCCCAGCCGGGCUUCGGCGUCAACGGGCUGAUCCCGGGCAGCGGGCAGGGGAUGCACCACCACAACCUAAGAGACAGCCACGACGAGCACCACAGCCCGCACCUCAGCGAUCACGGCCACCCUCCGUCCCAGCAUCAGCACCAGCACCGGCCGCAGAGCCACCACGACCACUCGGACGAGGAUACGCCGACCUCGGACGACCUGGAGCAGUUCGCCAAGCAGUUCAAGCAGCGGAGGAUCAAGCUGGGCUUCACGCAGGCGGACGUGGGACUCGCCCUGGGGACCCUGUACGGAAAUGUGUUUUCCCAGACCACCAUAUGCAGGUUUGAGGCCCUGCAGCUCAGCUUCAAAAACAUGUGCAAGCUGAAGCCUCUGUUGAACAAGUGGUUGGAGGAGGCGGACUCCACCUCGGGAAGCCCGACCAGCCUGGACAAAAUCGCGGCGCAGGGGAGGAAAAGGAAAAAACGGACUUCAAUCGAGGUAAGCGUAAAGGGAGCUCUGGAGAGCCAUUUUUUGAAGUGUCCUAAACCGGCAGCGUCGGAAAUAAUCGGCCUGGCGGACAGUCUGCACCUGGAGAAAGAAGUGGUCAGGGUUUGGUUUUGUAACAGGAGACAGAAGGAGAAACGCAUGACCCCUCCCGGAGGAGCUCUGCCGGGGAGCGAGGAUGUGUACGGGGACACGCCGCCGCACCACGGGGUCCAGACCCCGGUCCAAUGA